AUGGCGAACGGCUGGUUACAUCUUCUCCUCUUGGCCCUAGGCUGCCUAAGCUGUCAGACCAGGCGAGCCCAGUUGGAUGUGCUGCUGGCAGAACCCAUGCGCAGCAUACCCUUUCUCCAUGUGCUGCUGCGGCGCGAGCAGCUGCAGGAGGAUGCCCGCAAUGGGCAUGCCAUGUGGUUUAUGCAGCACGCCGAUAUGCCGCACAGCGUGCACAGCUACAUGGAGGAGCAGCCGGUGGAGAUGGCUAGCAGCUUGGUCGGCGUGGAUAGCCGGGACAGCUUUGCCCUGGUCAUCAGUCUGGCGCAGUUGAUAUCGAACCGCGGCGCCGCCAGCAUAACAGAGCGCGCCGGCGUCCAUUUCUAUAUAGUGGCUGAUACUCUGGACAGCCUGACGCCGGAACAGCAGCUGCAGCUGGCUCAUAGCUGUCGCCAGCUGUGGACACAGCAUAGAGUAUUCAAUCGCUACAUAAUCACAGAUACCGACAUCUGGAUCUACGAUCCGUUUGCACGCAGCGCACAAGCCACCUGGGAUGGCAGCUACAAUGAUCAAUGGGGCAAUGACAACGAGUAUGAGAACUCCUUUGGCCGCCUGGUGCCAUAUGCGGGUGGCGAGGCAUUGCCCCAUCUAUUAUUCCAUGACAUGAAGGGCUAUCCGUUGCGCGUGCAAAUCUUUAAGUCGGUCUAUUCGCGUCCAAAGCUGGAUCCCCAAACGGGUCUGCUGCGCCGCAUCACGGGCGUCGACUGGGAGGUGGCUAAGGAGAUAGGCGAGCUGCUCAACUAUACGAUGCUGCUGCAGCAGCCGGACAAGAACUAUUUUGGGGAGCGCAGUGCCAAUGGCAGCUACAAUGGAGCCAUUGGCUCCAUUCUGAACGAUGGCCUGGACAUUUGCUUGACGGGCUUCUUUGUCAAGGAUUAUCUGGUUCAGGAUUACAUGGACUUUACAGUUACUGUCUACGAUGAUAAAUUGUGCAUCUAUGUGCCCAAGGCCAGUCGUAUUCCACAAUCCAUUCUGCCCAUAUUUGCGGUGGGCUAUGACAUCUGGCUGGGCUUCAUCCUGAUGGCCUUUAUAUGCGCCCUCAUUUGGCUGCUGCUGCGUGUGAUCAAUCUGCAGCUGCACAUUGUGCGAAUUAGAGGACGCCGUCUGUGGCAGCAGGCGCUGGGCAUUGUGGUGGACACGUGGGUGGUUUGGGUGCGGGUGAAUCUGUCCCAUCUGCCGGACAGCUAUGCAGAGCGCAUGUUCAUUGGCUCACUGUGCCUGGUGAGCGUCAUCUUUGGUGCCAUAUUUGAGUCAAGCCUGGCCACCGUCUAUAUACAUCCGCUCCACUAUAAGGAUAUCAUAACACUUCAGGAUCUGGACGAGAGCGGCCUCAAGGUUGUCUACAAAUACAGCUCUAUGGCCGAUGAUUUGUUCUUUAGCGAAACGUCGCCGCUGUAUGCCAGCCUCAACAAGAAGCUCCGGUGGAAUCCGGAUCUCAAUGCGGAUGUCACCAACGAGGUGGCUACCAUUGGCGGCAAGGCCGGCGUCUCGCGCUACUCCUCGCUCAUGAUGGAGUCAGUCAACUUUUUGCUUAUGCGCCGCAUUUGGGUGGUGCCCGAGUGCCCCAAAUACUAUACCAUCUCCUAUGUAAUGCCCAGGGAUGCGCCCUGGGAGGAGGCGGUCAAUGCACAGCUGCUGCGCCUGCUCAACGCGGGUCUCAUUCCCAAAUGGAUCCAAGAUCAAAAGUACAAGGUGACCGUUGAGACGCGCACUGCCCUCUUCCACGCCGAAGCCGAGGCCAGCCAGAUUCGUGUCCUGACCAUUGGUGACUUGCAGCUGGCCUUCUAUGUGGUUAUUGGUGGCACAAUAAUUGCCUCUCUUGGAUUUUUGGCGGAGCAUGCCUGGGCCAGGCGCCGUUUGCAUCAGGCUGCAAAGAAUCUCUAA